UUCGGGGAGUGGUGCAACUUGCAGCCAAAAGAUGCUGCCAAGAUGCCUGAGAGUGCCUGGAAGCUGCUUUUCUACACGUUAUCCUGGUCGUAUGGCAUCUACCUGCUCUUCUUCACUGACUACCCCUUCUUCUACGACCCACCAUCCGUCUUUUACGACUGGAAGAAGGGCAUGGAUGUGCCCACAGACAUCGCCAUCGCCUACCUGAUGCAGUGCAGCUUCUACGGCCACUCCAUCUAUGCCACUGCCUACAUGGACACGUGGCGCAAGGACUCUGUUGUCAUGCUUCUCCACCACGUGGUCACGCUGACCCUCAUAGCCUUCUCCUACGCUUUCAGGUACCACAACGUGGGCAUCCUCGUGCUCUUCCUGCACGACGUCAACGACGUGCAGCUGGAAUUCACCAAGCUCAACGUCUACUUCAAGCACCGGGGGGGUGUCUAUCAUCGCCUCAACGACAUCAUCUCCAACAUUGGCUGCCUCACCUUCAGCAUCAGCUGGUUCUGGUUCCGUCUCUACUGGUUCCCCCUCAAGGUGCUCUACGCCACUUGCUACUCCAGCCUCCAGUCGGUCCCUAAUAUCCCCUUCUACUUCUUCUUCAAUGCUCUGCUCCUUGUCCUCACUCUGAUGAACAUCUACUGGUUUCUGUACGACGUGGAGGACAGCAAGAAGACUACAAUGGCCAAGAAGAAAGAGGCUGGACUCCAGUUGCCCAGUGCUCUGAAAGAAGGGAUGCACCUGAAGAACGGACUCGUAAAAGACAAGCGGCUCUAA